AUGUCGACUGAUAAGAUCACCUUCCUUGCCAACUGGCACGCCACCCCCUACCAUGCACCAUUGUACCUGGCGCAGGCCAAGGGCUACUUCAAGGACGAGGGCAUCAAGGUUGCUCUCCUCGAGCCCAACGACCCCAGCGAUGUCACCGAAAUCAUCGGCACCGGCAAGGUCGACCUCGGUUUCAAGGCCAUGAUUCACACUCUCGCCGCCAAGGCUCGUGACUUCCCCGUCGUCUCCAUCGGCAGUCUCCUCGACGAGCCCUUCACCGGCGUCGUGUACCUCAAGGACUCGGGCAUCACCACCGACUUCCGCUCCCUCAAGGGCAAGCGCAUCGGCUACGUUGGCGAGUUCGGCAAGAUCCAGAUCGACGAGCUGACGUCGCACUACGGCAUGUCGCCCGAGGACUACACCGCCGUGCGGUGCGGCAUGAACGUCUCCAAGGCCAUCAUCCGCGGCGACAUUGACGCCGGCAUCGGCCUGGAGAACGUCCAGAUGGUCGAGCUCGAGGAGUGGCUCGCCGGCCAGGGCCGCCCCAAGUCGGACGUGCAGAUGCUGCGCAUCGACGAGCUCGCCGAGCUCGGCUGCUGCUGCUUCUGCUCCAUCCUCUACAUUGGCAACGAGACGUUCAUCGCCGAGAACCCGGAGCGCGUGCGCGCCUUCAUGCGCGCCGUCAAGCGCGCGACCGACUACGUCCUCGCCGCGCCCGAGGCCGCGUGGGCCGAGUACGUCGACUUCAAGCCCGUCAUGGGCUCGGACCUCAACCGCAAAAUCUUUGAGCGCAGCUACGCCUACUUCUCCAAGGACCUGCAGAACGUGCGCCGCGACUGGGACAAGGUGACGCGCUACGGCAAGCGCCUCGGCGUGCUGAGCGAGAGCUUCGAGCCCAACUACACCAACGAGUUCCUCGGCUGGAAGCUCGAGGGCGAGUCGAGCGAUCCCACCGGCGACCAGAAGCGCAUGGUCGAGCUGCAAAAGGACGUGGCCUGCUGCGGCGGCUUCCGCCGGCUGCCCAUUGAGAUCGCUGCCGUCAAGGCCUAA